AUGAAAAGUACCGCCGAUUGGCGUUCCAUGAAUGAACUUGUAUCUCGACAAAAUGACAAUUCAAGCUUACGAUUUUGGAUCAGUCUGAGUUUGAUUUCAAAACCAUAUAAAACCAGCUUUAAGACAUUCCACUUGUGCUAUCUGAGCUGUUCAAUCUUUUCACCAACAGUCUCAUCAGUGAUGGUCUCAAUUUUCGCCAGCGCACAGAAAUUGUUCGAGUUCAAGGAACUUUAA